AUGCCGUCGUACCCCGAAACUCCACCAUCCACCGUCCAAAUCAUCCCAGACUACCCCAAGACACCAGAUGAGUCCGACGAUAAGUCCAAUUCUCCCACUGCAACACUUGAGAGACCUUUCAAACCGCGCUCCAGUCGCGCUCGCCGUCCACGAGCCUCUUCAUCAUCAUCCCUCCCCUUCAGCGGCCGCUUCGCUACACCACCUCAUCACCCAAGACAACAAAUCUCUCAGCCCAUAGCCUCCAACAGAAUCCAACGACGGCGCCCUGCUGUUAGUGGUCAUCAGCGGGCUGAGAGCUUCGAACACUAUCUAUCGUCUGCUAGACGCCUUACACGACGCAAUCCAAGCAACGAUGAAAUGACCACGCUAGGCUUUGCCAACGGCCUGCUUCCUCGCCGAGGACAAGCCCUUGCGCCGACUUCUGGAGGCAUGCUGCGGGACUCGCCUCCGCUAUCUCGACACCAGCAUAUCGAACAGCUGGAGCAGCGUGUUGAGAAUCUCCAAAUGGUAUCACAGGGAGAGUCAGAGGGGCCGCGAUGGUCAGGACCUCGUCGCGGUGUGGCAUUUUCAACCCGUGCUACCCAGAUCAGCACCUCACGCCGUACAUGCGAAGAACCCGAGGACGAUGCAUCGCCUUUCGUACCAGUUUGUCACUGGUCGGAUGAGUCUGACUAG